AUGCCCACCGGCAGUCCAGCACCAGAGCUCAAUUUUCAAUCUCAGGUUCAAAAUUCAACAAUUCCUCAGUGCUACUCAACGCUGUCUGAUGAGUUUGCUUUUACUUUCGCAUUAGGAAUGGACGGUCUUGCUUGCGCCUCCGCUACCACCGCCGCCGCUGCUGCGUCCUUCUCUGUCAACAAGUUUUUGCUGUUUCCUUCUGCCUCAGCAUUAAGAGCAGGACUGAAAAGAGGGGCUAAAAGGGUUUCUUUCAGGGUUUUUUCGGCGAAAGAAGAGCCAAAGUUUGACAAAUGGGACCAAAUGGAGCUCAAGUUUGGCCGCUUGCUUGGUGAAGACCCCAAACUCACCCUUGCAAAGAUAAUGGGUCGAAAAGCAAACCCUGAAGCAUCUUAUAUUGAAAUUGAGAAAGCAUUUUAUAAGAAUAAGGGUAAAAUAAUUGAAGUAGAGGAGGUUCCUUUUGAUGUUGAAAAGAAAUCGCCCACCUCAUCUUCUGAUGGCUUAAAUUUAGUUCGUCCUGUUCCGAAGAAGGGAAUCAAGUUUAAAGCUGAUGAUAAUCCAACCAUAUCUGAGAUAAAGAGACCAACUCUGUCAGAUGGGAAGACUGUGGAUAGUGCAAAAAAGGGAAGGGUUCCAAACGUUAUCUUGAGAAAGCCAACUUUGGUCAAUGAAGAUGAUGUAGAAGACCUACCCAGGUUUAGGAUAAAACCAAAUUUGUCACUGAAAAUGAGGAACAAAAAGGCGAAAGACCACUUUAGUGAAAUGACUUUGUUGAGAAAGCCAGAACCGAUGAGUGUUGAUACAAGCCAUGAUAAGAAACAAGACUCUGAAGAUGGUGUUGGGCAGAAAGAGAAAGAAGUGGAGGAUAGGAUUGGUGAUUUUACAUUAUUAGGAAAGUCUGAACAGAGUAUCCAUACAAACAUUCGCGAAAUGCAAGAGCUAUUUGAAGAUUUAGGAAUUGAAGGGAAAAGAUGGGAAGCGGAGAGCGAAGCUAACAUGCUGGCUAAUGCAGCAGAGAAUACUUCUCAAGAAUCAUUAGACUCGGGGCAUAGCUCAAUCCCUAAGAAACCCAAGAUAAAGGAUGACUCCAUAAGUGGAAUGCAGCCAGUUGAGCUAAGUCAUAGGGUAUCUACUGAGGAAUCCAGCACUGGUCCCUCUAUCGAAGCUGCACUUCAAGGGAAGCCAAAAAGAUUAGAUCAAUCUGUGAAAGAAACAUCAAACUCCAGUAGAGCACAAACUGUUCCCAUCAAUCCUGAAGAUUCUGGUGAUCUCCCUUCUGUAUCACCUCAGGAGGAUAGUGAUUGGACGAGGGUAGAACAUCUGCUUAAGACAGGAGAAAGGGCAGAAGUGGAGUUAAUAAGCUCCAGCACGAGAGGUUUUGUUGUAUCUCUUGGUUCUUUGAUUGGAUUUUUGCCUUACCGCAACUUGGCAGCUAAAUGGAAGUUCUUAGCUUUUGAGUCAUGGUUGAGACAGAAGGGCUUAGACCCGGCUGCUUAUAAGCAGAAUUUAGGAGUUAUUGGAAGUUCUGAUAUAAUGAGCAAGAACUCUUCUCUGGUAUCAAACUCAGAUAUGGAAAAUAACCAACAAUUUGAGGGAAAAUUUUCAUCUGAUAUGAAUUUGGAAGAUCUUUUCAGGAUUUAUGAUCAAGAGAAGCUUAAAUUCUUGUCCUCAUUUGUUGGUCAGAGAGUCAAAGUAAAUGUGCUAAUGGCCAACAGAAAGUUCAGAAAACUUAUAGUGUCUCUGAGGCCAAAAGAAAAGGAAGAGUUGGUAGAGAAAAAGAGAAAUGUUAUGGCCAAGCUUCGUGUAGGUGAUGUUGUUAAAUGCUGCAUCAAGAAAAUCACUUAUUUUGGUAUAUUUGUGGAGGUUGAAGGCGUGCCUGCUCUGAUUCACCAGACCGAAGUAUCGUGGGAUGCCACCUUGGAUCCUGCAUCUUAUUUCAAAAUUGGUCAGAUUGUUGAGGCAAAAGUUCACCAAUUGGAUUUCACACUUGACCGUGUAUUUUUAUCAUUGAAGGAGAUAACACCAGAUCCACUGAUCGAGGCCUUGGAGUCUGUGACUCCGCAUUUAUCUUGUGUGCCAGAGAAGAAGGAUGCCAGUCUGCUAGGAGCCCUUGCCUGCCAGUAG